CGCUUCCUUCUGCAUUUAUUGUCGUAGUUUUUUUUUUAUGAACUUCACACGGACUGGCCGAGAUGCAGGAAGACUGGCUUCUCUCAGGUCCACGGAACUGGUUCCGCUUACUAGAUAAACACGUCAGGGUGAAGGUGGGACCCAAAGAGGAGCACCUGGGCUGGCUUCUCACCGUGGAUCCUGUGUCCGCCAGUGUGGUUCUGGUGAACUUCAGCGAGGACCGGGCCUCGGUGCGAGUUCUGAUGGGUCACGCUGUCAAAGACGUAGAAGUUCUGCAGGAGCCGGAUUCAGAGACCGCAGACCGCCUUCGUUCCUUCUUCCAUCCCCUGACGACCCCCAUCCUGGACCCUGAGGAACUGAGACGGAGGAGGGCCAGGGUCCACCAGUGGCUUGAAAAAAACCGUCUUCCUGUGGAUGAGGACCGGGACAAGCUAAGGGUGGCAGGGGUUCUAACCAUCGCAGCUCCAUACAGACCCGAGGACUGCUGCAGUUCCAACCAGAUCAUCCUGGACCGCAUCCAGAAACUGAUCCAGGUUCACCUAGAGGCUGAUCCAGAUCAAACUGAAGGCCAAGUCACUGAGACCAGUCUGGACUUGGAUCCUAACUGAUCCAGGUCACGGACAUGUGUUAGUCCAGUUCA